GCAACACAGACGUUUGGGCCACUGAAAUGGCGGCAAAAAUCACGUAUUCAUACUCCGUCCUCUCUAAUAGGUUUGGCUUUUAUAUUAACCCAUGACUACUGACAAGUACUAGAUGUCUCUCGGCAGCAGCUCAAAUCUGGGCAGGGCUAAAAACCACCGCCAGGUUCCCGGAGCCAUGUAGUAUUCCGCCCCGUAUCGGGCAAACUUCCCCUGAAAGGUCAAGGGUUUAUCAGAGACCGUCAUGUUUCUGAUCAAAUAGUGGUCGUUAUAAACCGGUCUAUGCGAGAAGAACUGUGUGUUGUGGUGUCUACCCUCCUCCGUCUCGGAAAAUGUCGUUGUUUCCGUUUAUUACAUUGCAUCUCAAUCCGUGGCGCGACUAUGAUAGUUUUCAACACCAUACACUAGCGCAGCGGCGCAAGUACAUGAUCGACCGUUUAGAGAAUGCCAGACGGCGAGAAAGGCUCUGGGUGGGAAUCGUAGCAGGGAUCGGGUUUUUUACAGAUGCAUACGCGAUUUUCUCGGUCAAUAUGGUCAACCCCAUGCUGGGGAUUGUGUACUGGGGUGGUGCCAAUAAUAUGCCACAUAGCUAUGAAGUCGCGCUUAGUGUCACUACCCUCGGCGGCGCAUUGGUCGGACAGGUUAUGUUUGGCAUUGCCGCCGAUAUCUGGGGCCGACGGAAGAUGUACGGACUGGAGCUGGUCAUCUUAAUCUUUACAACCAUCGGAGUAGCUCUGGCUUCGUCGGGUGCGGAAUCGUCCAUGUCCGUCAUCGGCCUCUUGAUCUUCUGGAGGUUCUUUAUGGGCCUGGGACUGGGUGGUGAUUAUCCUCUCUCGGCAGUGAUAUGUUCAGAGUUCGCCCCUACGCCCAUCCGUGGCCGGAUGCUUGCAGCCGUUUUCUUCUGCCAGUCUCUCGGCCAAUUAGCGGCAAACCUCGUUGCGCUCAUCGCAGUAGCCGGAUUUCGCCAUAGACUUCUUGCAGACGGCACAGAGAAUGGUUGCACAGGGUCCUGCAUUCGCGAUGUGGACUCGAUCUGGCGCCUGAUUGUUGGACUCGGAGCGGUCCCCGCGUUCAUCGCCCUCUGGUUUCGACUCACUAUCAUCGAGUCUCCGCGUUACACAGCUGAAGUGACCCAUGACAGCUUGCAGGCCGCAGCAGAUGUUUCUUAUUUCUUCCAGUCCACGGAUGCAUCCGUCCCUAUGCUAAACCAGGGUGAAAUGUCCCGUGUUGAUUCUGUCGCUUUAUCCCCCACUCAUACAGCUUCUGAUUUUACGGCACCAAGUAUUCGCUCAGUUCGUCUCGGAAGCGAAGAAGGAUCUCCUCCGGUUGACUUACGGACUUUUUUGACAGCUUUCAAGAGCUUUGUCGGCAAUCCAAGAGCAUUUCGGGUCCUAUUUGCGACUUGCCUCUGUUGGUUCUGCUUGGACCUUCCUUUCUAUGGCCUGGGUUUAAUUAGUCCUCGUGUUAUCAAUACCAUCUGGUAUGGUGAUGAUAUCCCGGCGAGUAAUGUUUUCCAGUACCUUUUCCAAAACUCUUAUCAAAGUAUAGUCGUUGUCUCCUCUGGAGCGGUCGUUGGCAAUUUAUUAUGCAUCCUAACAAUUGACCGACUGGGACGACGCAAUAUCCAACUUAGCGGCUUUUUCUGGCUCUUCAUUCUGAAUGUCGUGAUCGGGGCUACUUUUCGCCCUCUGGUAAAGAGUGGUGACUCCUCCGCCUUAAUUGUGUUGUACAUACUGUCUCAAGUAUUUUUCAACUUCGGACCAAACACGACGACCUAUAUUAUUCCGGCGGAAGUUUUCCCGACUAGAUUUCGUUGCACAUGCCACGGACUAUCUGCAGCAUUUGGAAAGCUUGGGUCCGUCAUUGCACAGUGCUUUCUGGCUUAUGUGAACUUUGGCCACGGUAGAAAUUAUAACGACGUCCCCGACUGGCUGGGAUAUGCCCUUUUAUGUCUAUCUGCAUUCAUGCUCCUGGGACUUCUAAUCACCUACUUCCUUAUCCCAGAUAUUAAGGACUCUGAUGGCCACAUCAAGUCUUUGGAACAGCUAGCGGAGGAUAUUUUGCCUCACGAGACAGAGCCGUCCAGCAUGACUCUGGCAACUGGAGCACCUGACAGCCAGGUCCAAAUGCGGCCGACAUUUCGGAUGGAUUCAGGCGAUGUGUGACGAAUUUCCGCCAUGAUUUACCUCUAUACCAAGAUAGUUCAUUCAUCAAUGUAUUAUAAUUUAGCUACAUAUUAUCGCAUAUAAAAUCGAGCAAGAUAUGUU